AUGAAUGGGAACAGUCAAUUAUACAGCCGAGAAUAUACUGCGGGCAAUUGUGCCAAGCCUAUUGGCAAGAAGACAUCUCGAUUGGAUUUAAUUGACAACACUCAGCUCACAUCAUUCCCGCUAGCUCAUCCAAUAGGAGAAGAGGAUGAGAGCUUGGUUGCCGGGGGAGAGUACGAAAGCCCAUUCACGUCAGACCGCACAAUUACAGACAAGGAGAAUCGAUGCCAGGCAAAAGGAGGAACCACAGUUGGAAAAUCAAAAUGGAAUAGUUGCCGUAUGGCACAACGAAACUCAAGGAAAAGACCACUAGAGGAAGUGAAUGAAAGUGAACCAUUGGUGUUAGUGGAGGAUUAUAUUGAGGAUGCAGAGAGUAUCUUCAAGAACUUAGAGCCUCAAAAUGAAUGCUUGUCAAAUACGAGAAGCAGGACAUAUGCUCACAAAUGCCGUAAACGGAUAUCAGUUCUUGACUUUAAAGAAUCGAUGAAGCAGGAAAGUACCGGCUGCUCUACGCGGAGAGCAAUACCAGAGCCGUCCUUUAUGUCAGGAAAUCAGAAUUUUAGUGCACAUGGUGGAAGUUCAAGCGAUAAUUCUAAGCGUGCAAGUCUGAGUAUGUACUCCCUUGAGCUCAAGCACAAACCCUCAGCUUUUUCGACCAUAUCAACACUGUCUUCUGUAACUUCAGGACAUGAUGACACAGAGCCAUAUGUUAGGGAAAUCAUAGAGGAGCAACCUUCAGUGGCAAGAGAGAGUGGACGGUUAAAAUACUGUGUGAUUUGUGAUAGACCACUUUAUGAAACUAGCAGUUUGAUACCGGCUAACCGGAAUUUCAAGGAACUCGUGUGCUCCGACUGCUUUGAGGAGUACGAGAACAUUUGGGGAUCAUUAAAGGCGAUGUAUUCCCAGGAGGAGGAAGAAGAGGAAAGAAAAUGUGGGGAGAAAGAAGAAAAGGAAAUGCAAAGCACAGAUAAUGCCACAGAUUACUCAGUGAACUCUUCAGAGGCUGAAACAGAAUGCAGCUGCUUUGCAAACGAUACUACACUUCAGGGAACGGAAUGUGAAACACAAAAUACGGCCAUAUUGGAUACAUACUCAGCAAGCAAUAACCAACACAGUAAUCUGCUAACAGAUUGCACAUUUUCGAGCAAGUACACGGCCUCAGAAUGUUCCGUAUCCAGAAUGUCGUCCGAUACUUACAAAAAUGGUCUGCUGGAACGAACAAUCCACAAGUUGAAGAUGAUCAAGAAACGUGACGAUUCGAUUAGAAGCAGGCUUCUCAGACACAAGAGAUCGACUCUAUCAACAUGGAUUAUGGGAGACAGGGAUCGCAGGGAUAACAGGCCAACGAAGAAACGGGCAUCGACGAGGUCGAUGGGUAAAUUUAAUAUGCAUACUUAUAGAGAAAACCAGAGCGCUUAA